AUGACCCCUCUAUGUCCGACCCAAGCGCUUGGCGAGGACGUCUGGCGGGAAAUGGCGGAGGCGGACAGCGGACAGCAAAAGCGGCACGGCGACCUGGACAGCUGGCUGGAUGUCUUCCGGGCCACUGCGUCCAGCAUGCGCAACGCGUAUCGUACACGGGAGGCCCUCACGUACGAGUCAUUGGCGUUCGGAUGGCUAGCUCUGGCUCGCAAGCACGAGCCGCUCCCGUGCGCCCCCCCUGCUGCUGCCGGAGAGGAAGUAACGGACGACUGUACGAUACGGAUGGUGAUCCGCGGCAGUGGUGACCUGCCGGAGUUGUUGAAUGGAGUAUUGGCCCCGGGGAGUACGACAUCUCUGGGUCCAGGUUCCGCCCACCGCGGCAUGUUGGAGGCGGCUCGGGCUCUGCUGCAGGAGCAGUCCGGGCGGCUGAGGGCGGCAGUGGAGGCGCAUCCCCAGUACGGCCUGAGGGUCCUGGGACACGCGGAAGCUGCGGGGAUUGCAGCGCUGCUGGUGGUGGUCCUGGCGCGGGAAGGCGCUGCGGGUUUGGAGCGCGUGGGUAACCCCGGGGGGGGCCUGCGAGCUACCUGCUUCUCACCGCCGGCGGUGAUGACGUCCGAGUUAACGGAGCCGUACGCCGGGUGUAUCGACAGUGUCGUAUAUAAUAUGACCAUGGCCUCCAGGGAGGUGCUGACGAGGAGCGAACUGGCGCAGGCCCUCCGUCGCUCGGGUGCUCUCGGUCUCGACAACCACCUAGACUGUACGGCAUCGGGUCUGCUGUGUUCUACCUCCUCGGCGGCCCCCGGCUGCCUGCUGGGUAUGUCGCCCUCCAAACACCUCGCGCUGCUGGAGGGGCUGGGCUCCCCCGCCCCCGCGGGGGGCAUGAGCAGGCCGUCGCUGGUGACGGCGGCGGCGGCGGCGGGGGUGGCGGUGUCGGGCGCCUUGCGGCCGCUGCCGUCGACCCCCGUGAUGGCGGCGGUACCACCGGCCCUUCUGUUGCAAUAUA